AUGGCAGAUAUGUCAAUACCCUUACAUUCACUGCGAUUCAACACUAUGACAAGGGAGGAAAAUGUUGACCCCCCGAAUAGAGGGACAACUUUUUCUAGAUCAAUGACAGAGACCAGAGCAGAGGUCCAAGUCCUGCAGUCUCAUGUACAGUUGCCUGUAGUGUCAACCUCAGCCUCAGACCCUGGGGGGAUAAGCACACAGAUGAUGACGUCUCCAGCUUUUGACAGCCUGUCCACACCUUUAAUAGGAACAUCAAACUCUGGAGCAGUUUCCCCACCACUAAUGCCAGCCUCAGACUCUGGGACAUUGUCCCCACUGCUAAUGCCUACACCAGAUUCUGGAAUAUUGUCCCCAUUGCUAAUGCCAUCUUCAGACUCUGGGGCACUAUCUCCACUGCUAAUGCCAGCCUCAGAUUCUGGAACAUUGUCUCCAUUGCUGCCUGCUUCGGACUAUGGGUUGAUGUCCCCAGGGAUGAUGACAAUUCCUGACUUUGGAACAAUGUCUACAGCACUAAUGGCAACAUCAGAUUCUGCAGAGAUCUUGCCAUUGGCAACGGCAGCUCCAUCUUCUGGGACACUGUCCACCCCUGGAAUGAGCACCUCAUCCUCUGAGGCAAUGUCUACACCAUUAAUGCUGGCCCCAGAUCCUGCGGAGAUAUCCCCACUCCUAAUUCCCAAUCUUAACCCUGGGGUGAUGGCUCCACAGCCAAUCACAGCUCCAGGCUCAGAAGCCAUGUCUCCCUUGCAAAUUACAGAUGAGGACACAGAAGCAAUGUCCAAAGUAUUAAUGACUGCGCUGGCUUCUGGAGAGAUAUCAUCCCUUCUGAUGUCAGACACAGAUUCUGAAGUGAUAUCCUCAUUGAUCAUGUCAGCUCUAAGUUCUGGAGAAACACCAGCCCAGCCAACAACCACCCAAAACUUGGAUGAAAUGUCUACCACACUGAUGUCAGGCCUAGACUCUGGUGUCAUGUCUUCACUGCUGAUGUCAGCUUCAGGCUCAGAAGCAAUGUCUGUACCACUAUUGGCUGCCCCAAGUGCUGGAGAAGUACCCACAUUACCAAAGCCAGCCCCAGAUACUGAGGUAAUGUGCCCACUGCUAAUGACAGCCCUAACCUCUACAGUGAUUCCCACCCAACUGAUGGCAAAUCCAGGGUCUGGACUGACAUCCUCACUGUUAACACAAAGUCUAGACUCUGAAAUCAUGUAUGUGCCACCAAUGAGAGAAACGACCUCUACAGUGAUGUCCACACAGCCAGUGAGAGCUUUAGACUCAGGAGCCAUGUCCUCCACCCCACGAAUGAGAGCCCCAGCCCCUGGAGAAGUGUCCACUCCACCAUUGACAGUCACAAGCACUACAGAGAUGUUCACCACAGCCUCUAGUGUGAUGUCCACACAGAUAAUGAUGGCUGAGACCCCAAGAACAAUGUCCACAGGCUUUCCAAAAGCCACAGCCAAUGGAGCAAUGUCCACACAGCGAACAAGAGCACCAACUUCUGGAGUGAUGUCCACACAGGCGGUUAUAGCCUCAGACUCUGAAAUGAUGUCUGGGUCACAAUCAAUAACCACAGGCUCUGGGUCCAUGACCACACAGCCAAUCAAAGCCCCUAUCUCUGGAACAAUGUCCACGUCACAAAUGAGAACCACAGCUUCAGGACUGACAUCUGUACCACAAAAGAGAGCCUCGGCCUCUGAGACAAUGUCUACUCCAGUAAUGACAGCCACAGUCUCUGGAUCACCAUCUACACUAUUAAUGAGAGACACAACCUUGGGAGUGAUAUCUGUGCCACAAAUAAAAGCUCCAGCCUCUGCGAUAUUGUCCAAGCCACUAACAACAUCCAAACCCUCUGGAGCAGCAUUCAUAGAGCAAAUGACAACUGUAAUGUCUGGAGAGAUGUCUACACAACUAAUGCGAGAUACAGCUUCUGGAGCUCUGUCCAUGCCACAAAUGACAGAUCCAGCCCCAGGAGGGCUGUCCACACUGCCGAUGGGAGCCACAGCUUCUGGAGUCAUAUCCACAUCCCAAAUGACAGCUGCUGUCUCUGGAGAUAUGUCCGUGCCUAUAAUUAGAGGCCCAGGUCUUGGAGCAACAACUACACUAAUGAGAGCUACAGCCUCUGGGCCAAUGCCUAGUCAGCCAAUAAGCAUGCAAGAUUCUAGAGGGCUAUCCACAUCCAUCAUGAGAGCUAUGGCAUCAGGAGAAAUGCAGAUGAGAUUGCAGGCCUCUGGAGCAGUAUCCACACCAAUCAUGAGAACCUUGGACUCUGGAGAGAUGUCCACACUGCUGAUAAGAGCUUCAUCUUCUGAAGAGAGGUCUCUGCCCCUAAUGCAACCCACAGCUUCUGGAGAGAUAACUAUGCCUCCAACAGCUCCAACGUAUGGAACAGUCUCAGCUCCACAAAUGACAGCCACAGACUUUGGAAUGAUGCCCAUGCCACAGAUAAAAGCUUCGGCCUCUGGAGCAAUGUCUUCCCCAUUAAAGAGACCUGCAGCUUCUGGAGGGAUGCCUAGGCUGCAAUUGAGAACCCCAGGCCCUAGAGCAAGGUAUACCUCACACAUGACACCCACAGCUUUGGGAGAUAUGUCCAUACUUGGAAUGGGAUCUACAGCCUCUGGAGAGAUAUCCUCACUACCAGCCAGAGUGCCAGCCGCUGGAACAAUGUCCAUGCCACUAAGGAGAACCACAGCUUCUGGAGCUGUGGCCGCGGAGUUAACGAGACCUCCAGCCUCUGGGAACAUAACUACUGCACAAAUGAUAGCCAAUGUCUCUGGAGGGAUGUCCAAGCCAUUCAUGAGAGCCACCACCUCUGGAACAGUGCCCAUACCUUUGAUGUCAGCCAUGGCUUCUGGAGACCUAUCUGUGCCACUAAUGAAAACCAUGCCUGCUGGAGCAGUGUCAACACUGCAAAGCCAAGUUGUGACCUCUAGAUCUAUGUCCUUGCCACAAACAACAUACACAGCUUCUGCAGGGAUGGUGAAGCCACCGAUAAGAACCUCAGCUUCCGGAACAGUGUCCGCACCACUUACGAAAGUCUCAACUUCUGGAAUGAUGUCCAUGCCACUACAAGAAGCCACAGCCUCUGGUGGGAGAGCUGUGCCACAAAUGGCAAUGACAGCCUCUGAAGGGGUGUCCACACCACUAAUGAUGGCCCCCACUCCUGGAACAAUGUCAACACCACAAACAGCUUUUGGAAUGAUCCCCACUCUGGAAACUGAAGCUACAGACUCUGGAGAGGGUUCUACCUCUCAUAUCAAAGUUACAGCCUCUGCAUCCAAGUCCAUACCACACAUGACUGGUCCACCCCAGGAAACCAUGAAACCACCACCAAAGGAAGUGCCAUCUUUUGGUAUGUUGACCCCAGCACUCUGUUACCUUCUAGAAGAGCAAGAAGCAGCCCGUGGCUCAUGCCCUGUGGAGGAGGAGGUAGAGAUUGAUGACGAGAAGCAGAUGAAGGGCUUUUUGGACGAUUCAGAGAAAAUGGCAUUUCUAGUGUCUCUUCAUCUUGGGGCAGCAGAAAGGUGGUCUGUUCUACAGAUGGAGGUUGGAAACGCCCUCUCAAAUGAAAAUAAAUCCUUUCUGAAGCGAUCACAGGGCAUAUAUAACUCUCUGUCUGAGAUAGACAUCCUCAGCGCUGUUCUUUGCCAUCCCAAGCAGGGCCAGAAGUCAGUUAGGCAGUAUGCCACUGACUUCCUGCUGCUGGCCCGACAUUUGUCUUGGUCGGAUGCCAUUCUAAGGACCAGGUUUCUGGAAGGACUCUCAGAAGCUGUUACCACCAAAAUGGGUCGGAUCUUCCUGAAGGUGGCUGGCAGCCUAAAGGAGCUGAUAGACAGGUCUCUCUUCACUGAGUGCCAGCUGGCUGAAGAGAAGGAUUCCCCAGGCAACGCAAGCCAGGUUCUGCCGAUGAAAGCCUGCAAGAGGAGUAAUGAGGAGGCCAUGGAGAGUGAACGGGGCUCUCAGCAGCCGACUGAAGAGCACCAACAUGUCCCCAAACGCUGUUACUACCUGAAAGAGCAUGGAGACCCCCAAGAGAGUCUUCAUGACCACCUUCGACAGAGCACAGGCCAUCAGAAGCUACCCAUCAACAAGUAG